GAGGUUGCGUAAGGAGUCCCGCUGAGCUUCAAGAUAUAAAGCAACUUCAGGUUCCCCCUCUCAAGACAAGACAAAUCAAAGGCUCGGAGGGAAAGCAGCUCCCUGAGCUCCGAACGCCUCUCCCUCCCUCCUUCCCUCCCAUCCACUCCCCCUUUCCCUUCUCACAGUCCGGCCUCUGUCUAGGGAAGAGGCUCUACGGCAGCCUUAGAUGAUUAUGGAUUUUCUGAGCGAGAAGUUUGCCCUGAAGAGCCAGCCGAGCAAGAACAGUGACUUUUAUAUGGGAGCAGGAGGCACUUUGGAGCACGUUAUGGAAACUUUGGACAAUGAGUCCUUUUACAGCAAAACGUCAGGCAACAAAUGCGUGCAGGCCUUCAACCCUCUGCAAAGGGCUGAGCAUCAUGUGAGGCUGGACAGGACUUCGCCCUGCCAGGACAACAACGUGAACUAUGGGAUUACUAAAGUGGAAGGACAGCCUCUUCACACAGAGCUGAAUAGGCCCUUGGACAACUGCAGCAACUUGAGGAUGUCUCCGGUGAAGGGGAUGCAGGAGAAGGGGGAACUGGAUGAACUAGGUGAUAAGUGUGACAGCAAUGUCUCCAGCAGUAAGAAGAGGAGACACAGAACAACUUUCACCAGUUUGCAGCUGGAGGAACUGGAGAAAGUCUUCCAGAAAACUCAUUACCCUGAUGUCUAUGUGAGGGAGCAGCUAGCUCUGAGGACAGAGCUCACUGAGGCCAGAGUCCAGGUUUGGUUCCAGAAUAGAAGAGCAAAAUGGAGGAAAAGAGAACGCUAUGGGCAGAUCCAGCAAGCUAAGAGCCAUUUUGCUGCCACUUAUGAUAUAUCUGUUCUUCCAAGGACUGAGAGCUAUCCUCAGAUCACAAGAAGUCCACAGGAAGGAGGAAAAAUCCUUGAUCAGCUCCCUCAGGCACCUUAUUCACUUCAUUACCUCUCAGCAGAUCACCUAAGAUAUGCAGGAGAAGAUGCCUGAGGUGUGCCCGAAUUGUUGUGUGUAUGUGUCUGUGUGGAAAGGUAAUCUGCAUUCAUGUGAGGGGCUGUGUCAAUGUACAUAUGCCUGUAUGUGUAAACAGGGAGUCUGGGAAGAUGAAGAAUUUGGGAACCAAGAAUUUGCUACCAUGCCUUUUCUUCACUCUUCUGCAGGAAAGCAAGCUGGAGAAGUUAUUGAUUCGUUUCUACUGCCAGAAUUACAAGAGUCCAAAUUGUUUUGUCAGCUUCUAAGGCCUCUGCAAAUACAACUGUUCAAAAUAUUAAUUAUAAAAUAAGGCAGUAAUUAUCUAAUCCUUUCUUUCUGCACUAUAUCUGAACUAGAUGAGUUCAAUGAACCAUAAUUUAUUUUUUAACCUGUUCAUGGUAUGGGGGAUAUGUGCUGUUGUAAAGGAAAAUGGGAAAAAGAGCUCUGAGAGUUAGAAUUUUUUUUUCCAUGUGUGUGUGUGACUCUCAUUAUUCUUUAAUUCUACUGAUCUCAAAUCUGACAGUAAAAAAGUCAGCUGCAAGGAUAACCCACAUUUAUUAAAGCCCCGAUUCCUUUGUCUAUGUAUUUGCAACACGAAAACAAAAUUAAGUGUGAAGGGGGAAUUCACUUUAUAGUGCUAACCAAGGAGUAAUUGCAAUUACUCCAACAUAAAGCAGAGAAUAAAUAUUUGGGUUCAAUCUCAGUACAUUAGAGAAAUGGCAUUCUGAAUAGGCAAUGGGUUUUUAGAAUGAAGAAAAAUUCAGCAAAGUUAAAAAAUAACAACAACAACAACCAACCCUAAGGUAUACAGCUCUUGAGUAGGAGCUUCUGGAUUAUGAAUGAUACUUACAAAUGCCUUGUAUUGUGAUAUAUUCUGGUGUACCACAGUUUGUAUAUUUUUAAAAAAUCAACAUUCAGGAAGGACAUACAAGUAAAAGUGGAAAAUAAAUAAAAAACUAUAUAAGACAACAGUAAGCGGAAGAAAAAAAUGAUGAAGGAAGUCACAGUAUGACAGAAAGCAUAUCCAGACAGUUGUGACAGAGAAAUAUAGACAGCAGAGAGUUUAAAAAGAUAGGACAGCUGCUGAGUAUGAAGUUUGUUUGAUUGAAGCAAAGUGAACAGAGGAUGGAUGAAAGAAUGCAUGGUCUUAUAAUGAUGUGCUGAACCUCAAAAAUCUUUCUGUAUGUUAAUCUAGUAAUAAAUAUGUGAAAAAAUACUUAUUUAUAGUGUCUAUUCAUAGAUUAUAUAAGAAGGCCUGAAGCUCAGAAUGAAGUUUUAAGUGCCUGCCAAGUAUAGAAAACAUUACACAUCAAAGCUUAAAUAUAUGGUUACUCCAAAUCUUCAGCAGACAUCACUGGUAACCACAAAGUUUGUCUCCUAGUCUGUCAUGCAAUGUUUUCCAGCAAUGUACAACACAGCUUGUUCGGGCUGCAAGCUGAAAAGGAAACACCCUCAAGUGUAUUUCUUAUUAAAAAAAAGUAAGCACAAAAAGGCUUUUUGGUCUUAAAACCAUCUUUGAAACAACUUCAGGAAAAAACUCUUGGAUGUAUUGGCAAAUGUUAAUAUUUUAUGGAUUCAUUUGUAGGUUUCUCAGGAUUUAAUCUGGUAAAUACUUCAGAGGAGAACCUAGUUAUGGAUGUAUUAAGUGAAAUCAAGUAGUGAAGAAAACAAAAGAUGAAAUAU